CAUCCCGUUUGUCUCAAUAAAUUCCCACGUUAGCCGCUCUUCUCCCUUAUCUUCUGAUCCCGCUCGCUCCGGCCAAAGAUCUGGGAGGAGAGAGAGUGAGAGAGAGAUCAGAUACAGAUGGCUCGCUUCACUUUUGUCUCGUUCGCCCUCUUUUUCUUGGCCUGCAGUGCCAUCAGCACACACGCCGGCUCCAGCUUCGACGAUAACAACCCCAUCCGAUUGGUAUCUGACGGCCUUCAUGAUCUCGAAUCCUCCAUCCUCCAUAUUCUCGGCGACACGCGUCACGCCCUCUCCUUCGCACGUUUUGCUCGAAGGUACGGGAGACGGUACGAGACUAUGGAAGAGAUGAAACUCCGAUUUGAGAUUUUUGUGGAGAACUUGAAGCUGAUCAGAUCCUCCAACAGAAAGGGCCUUCCUUACACUCUAGCUAUCAACGAGUUUGCUGAUUGGAGCUGGGAGGAAUUCCGCGCUCAGAGAUUGGGAGCUGCUCAAAACUGUUCUGCCACUACAAAGGGCAGCCACAAGCUGACUGAUGAUCUGCUCCCUGAAACAAAAGAUUGGAGGGAAGAUGGCAUAGUCAGCCCAGUAAAAAAUCAAGGUCAUUGUGGAUCUUGCUGGACAUUCAGUACCACCGGAGCUCUGGAAGCGGCAUACACCCAGGCGUUUGGGAAGAGCAUCUCUCUGUCAGAACAGCAGCUUGUGGACUGUGCCAGAGCAUUCAAUAACUUCGGGUGCAACGGCGGGUUGCCUUCGCAAGCCUUUGAGUACAUCAAAUACAAUGGCGGUCUGGACACCGAGGAAGCCUACCCUUACACCGGAAAAGAUGGUGUCUGCAAAUUUUCAUCGGAGAACGUUGGUGUCCAAGUUCUCGAGUCCGUCAAUAUCACACUGGGUGCUGAAGAUGAACUGAAGCAUGCUGUUGCAAUUGUUCGGCCGGUGAGUGUCGCGUUCGAGGUGGUGAGAGGGUUCCGCUUCUACAAGAAAGGAGUUUACACCAGCGAAACUUGUGGCAGCACUCCCAUGGAUGUUAACCAUGCCGUCUUGGCCGUGGGAUACGGAACAGAAAAUGGUGUUCCCUAUUGGCUUAUCAAGAACUCAUGGGGAGAAAGCUGGGGCGACAAUGGCUACUUCAAGAUGGAGCUGGGGAAGAACAUGUGUGGUAUUGCCACGUGUGCAUCCUACCCAAUCGUUGCAUAGAGUGCUAUCCAUGAAAUGAAGUUGCUUAUCUCCGUUGAUGUAAGAUGAAAUAGCAUGUGUAUUGAUGGGAUGAUGAUGUUGGAAUGCAACAAAUAUCUUGUGUAGUAUUCUGAUGAAGAUAUCUUGUAUUAAUUAUGGUCGAGUUGGCUGAGCCUUCGACAUUGUUAGACCGGUCCGGUCAUGAUGGCUUCAACAUUGUUCAUAUAUGUAUCUAAUUAGUUACAAAUAUAGUUGCGUAAUGUGUAUGGAUAUUAUUAUGAGAAACAACGUUUAUUGCACAA